CUCGCGCGCCAGAGGAAGACAUUUAGUAUCUUCCACUGAUAUCAGUCCAGUACCGAAGCUAACAAUAUUGUUGGGCAGCUUGCACAAGGCGAAUUAAAGCCAAGUGUUUUGUGUUUGUUUUAUUUUCUUUUGUGUUUUGAAUUUAAUUUAUCUCAAUGUCUAGUGAAGUGGAGGCGAGUACAGAGGAGCAGCAGGAGAUGCAGGACACGGUUGUAAGUCCAGAGAAAGCUGAAGAGGUCAAACUCAAGGCCCGGUACCCCCAUCUGGGGACCAGACCUGGUGGAUCGGAUCUACUGCGGAAAAGACUACAGAAGGGACAAAAAUACUUUGACUCGGGUGACUAUAAUAUGGCCAAAGCCAAGAUGAAGAACAAACAGCUUCCCAGUGCAACAGCUGAGAAGACCGAGAUAACCGGUGACCACAUUCCCACCCCUCAGGAUAUCCCCCAAAGAAAGCAGUCUCUGGUGGCCAGCAAACUUGCAGUCUGAUGAGGACCGGAGAGCCAUUCCUGUUGUUUUUCAUUAUUUCGUCUUGUCUGUUAUUGUUUUGUCUUUCCUUUGCUCUUCCCUUUGCAUUUACUUACCUGUCGUUUCCAUGUACAAAUGCUCUUAACAUAGCAUGCUUUGAUAAAUAAGAAUAUGUGUAGAUUGCUGCUACCAUCGCACUUGGAUUUGACUGUAAAGUCUGACGUAUUUACAUCCAAGAGAGGGUUUGAACGUGAUUAUUUGACUGUUUACAUCAGAUUAGCAUUUUUUUUUACACAUUUCCCCCAUGCUUUUCACCACCAUUUUGGUGCUUUUCUUAAAGCCUAUAUGCUUGAAUAAAUGGACUGGACAUAAAAUUCACAUCCAACUGUUCUGCCAAAACUGUGCCUCUUAUAACAAACGGAGGGCCGGACCUCAUAAAUGUUUGUCAGUUGAGAUGAAGACUCUUGCUCACUUUGCUAUCAACCUGUGAAUUAUGAAAAUGGUCUUGAACUCUGUUUCUCAUGGGUAAUGUUGGUUACCCACAUUCAAAGUGUUCAACCCCUUUCCUGGGUUGCCUGGUUUGUGUUUUCAAACGAUUUAUCCGAGCUGUACAAAAGUUUACUGUCACAACUGUUUCAUUUGUUUUGUAAAUAAAAUAGUUUUGCGAACGUA